AUGGUCGUAGUGAACGUGUGGGACGGCCUGCUUCUCAGUGAAGGUAAGAAAUGGGAGCGCAAUCGACGGUUAUUGACCCCAGCAUUCCAUUUUGAUGUUCUGAAGCACUAUGUUGCCAUCUACAACAAAGUUUUCGACAUAUUCCUGGAAAAGUUGGAGAGCGCAACAACUGCCGGAAAAAGUGUGGAGAUAUAUGACUUAGUUGGAUUGGCCACACUUGACACAAUGAUGCGGUGUUCUGUUUCAUACCGAGGGGAAAUUCAGCAGGAAGGAUCCAGUCAUCCGUUUGUGGACGCAACAAGGCGACUUGGUCAGCUUUGUCUGAAGAGAUUGUUAUCGCCAUGGUUGUGGAUUGAUUUUGCGUUCUAUCUAUCUCCGACUGGUAGAGAAUACUCUAAGCAUACAAAGUACAUACACGACUUCGAUGAAAAAGUCAUCCGCGAAAGACGGAAGUUAUUGGAUUCAGAUCCAUCGGUUCUGAAAAAGCGCCAUCUGGAUUUCCUUGACAUCCUAUUGACAGCCCAAGACGACCAGGGUAUUGGACUGACGGACCGUGAGAUCAGGGACGAGGUCGACACCUUCCUCUUCGCGGGCCACGAUACCAUUGCCUCCGCUAUUAGCUGGGAGAUUUAUUCGCUCGCACAAAAUCCAGAAGAACAAGAGAAAGUGUACAAGGACGUGAAAAGAGUUUUAGGAGAUAGACAGAACGUGGAAUGGUCCGAUAUCCAGGAGUUCAGCAGACUUUCCCUGUUUAUAAAAGAGGCAAUGAGAAUGUACUCGCCAGUUUCUGGCAUUGGGAGAGUAACCACCCGUGACAUGGAAAUAGAUGGCGUUAAACUUCCAGUCAAUACGGAGAUCAAUAUUUUGAUUCACGUCCUCAAUCACAACAAAGAAACAUGGAACAAACCAGAGGAGUUCCGUCCUGAUCGCUUCGCCGAAAAUAAGGAAAGGGAUCCAUAUGAAUAUGUUCCAUUUUCGGCAGGACCAAGAAAUUGUAUUGGUCAACAUUUUGCAUUGGACGAGCAAAAAGUGGCCCUUGCAAAGCUGGUUCAAAGAUUCCGGAUACUACCCGAUCCUAACAACGUGGCUGUCCCUAAAAAGAACAUUGUCACCCGGUCUGAAAGCGGAAUCUAUAUCAAACUUGAAAAGCGAUGAUUCUUUAGUUGUAAAUGACUAUAGUGGAUUCAUUUAUAUCGGAAUAACAUAUAACCAUGUUACUAAUAUAUAGUGGAUCUCCAGCAAGUGACGGUUGUUUAUCAAGUUUAUAUAACUCGACUGUCUUUUUGAAAUUUAAAAAUUAACUAAUUCGAGUUAGAUAAACAUGAUACACAUCCGUCACUCGUUUGAGAACAGCACUACGUUUAAAUUAAAUUAUGUGAGCCGAAUCACCACGCGAUAAAAUAUGUAAUUUCACAAUGUGAUAUAACAUUAUGACAUCUUAGUGUUUUUAUUAAUAGAACACUUGUUAGUGUCGCCGAUCAAAUAUCCAACGAUGACAUCGCGGAGUAACGUCACAGCUGAAUAUUAAACUAAUCAAUAUCAGCUUCAAUUAUCAGUACUUACCUGGAUUUGGAAGGUAUACUAUCAUGGUUUAUAGUGUUAAUAACCUUUCCUCUUAAGAUUGCGCAUUUCAACAAAUAUUUCGGAAACCGAGCUAGAGUGCUGGGCAAUGUGUGUAUUUCAUAUGUGACAGUGUGUUUACAUGAUUUUUUUUAUCCGUUAAUUGACAAGUGUUAAAAAUGGAAUUACAUAUUUUGUGUUUGUCAUACAUAUCCGCAAUAAAGGUACGAGCUAACAUAAAGAAAGUGUUUUGUUUCUGUUGGUGACAAUAUUCGUACCGCGUGACAACGACCUACCGCUGUAUCAGGGAAAGGGAAAAUCAAUGCUUACUCAUACAUAAAGAAGAUGCCGUGACCGUUUUAUUCAAAUUA